GGAUUAUGCUAAACACAGUGCCUCGGCUGCUCCCCACAUCGACCGGCGUCAACAACGCCCUUUGGAGCACACAGGAAAGAGAUGGAGGACUCUCAAUGAAGAUGUCACUGCAAUUAUACAAGCCCGUUUCACAGACACCCUCUCUGUCUGCUCUUCCUUCUCUCACAUCCCCCUUCCCCACUUUUUAAAAAUUUCUUUUUGACAGUCUUUUGAAGUGCACCCUCAUCUCUUGCAGCUCUUUCAUAAUGCAUGCCCAUUUUGAAUUUGCAUGAAUUCACUUUCCAGAUGCUUCUGCUGCCAUCUUGACUUACGCUGAUGUGUACUGUACAGUAGUGGCUAUUGUAUAAUCAUAGGAUGAAAAGAAUAAUAAUGGCUUGUUUUAACGUGUUUGGGUUACUUUUGCAUCACUUCUCUCACCUCUAGGACAUGUUGCAGAGAGACCGAAAUGUGUUGUAAAUCAUUCUGCUUGAGUUAUCCCCGCACUGAUGUUGAGGCAAAGGAAGAGCUUUCUGAUGUGGAUGAUACUGCAUCAGGAACUGAUUGGCUGAUGCUCAAUUGCCAACAGUACCUGAUGCAUUGCCUUCAGCAUCGAAAGAAGCGUCACAAUGCUCGCUCAUUUUCAUUCUCUUAAAAAUGCGCUUCAGUAUUAUAUUAGCUUUGAUAGUAGUUUUGAAGUACAAUUUUCUUUUUUGUCUCUGGACUGUUGAGCGGUGACAAUAAACUGAUUCUGAGCAGUUUUACACACUUGCCACAUGGUUACCCCAGAAUUAUUGUUUGUGUGUAUGUUAGUCACUAUUGUGGGCUGGGGGAUUAGGUAAUAAUGAUCACAAAGAUGUUGUGAAACUCAGAGCAGAACUUAUGUUAAACUUAUGGUCCAAUCUAUCACUGACAUUUAAAUGUGUAUCAUGUUCCCCUUUUGUUCACCAAAGUCUAAAUUGCUCACCUGAGAUCAUACUUGAGCAUGUUUUCCUUGCAGACUUUUUUUUUCAUAAAUAUCGUUUUAAUGCAUUUUAAUGUGCACUAAUCAUUCAGAUAAAUACUUUUGUAAGAUCAGUGUGAGAAGGAUAAUCUGAUUCAACUUGAGUAACAUUUAUGUAGAGCCUUUCUCAUACCUAGAGAUGCACUCUUGGGAACCAUACACUGUCUUUCUGUGAUGGGACACACCCACCUCAGCUUCUCUUGUGUGAUUUGAAAGCGUGACGUCUAAUUUGGUUCCAGUGAGGAAUAGGACCAAAGGGAGUGUUGUCUCAUCUUCUCUUUCAUCAGUCUUGGAUAAAAAUCUUCUAUUAAUCUUUCUAAACUGUUUAAAAUGGCUUUGAUUAAUCAGGUGCUUUAUCUCAAUGUCUCUGCCUUUUUAUGCAUGUGUUGAACAGCUUGCCAAGUAAAAUAAACUUUGAGUGAAGAGUGAAGCCUUUUGCAAAGUUAUUCUUUGGGUCAUCCAUGUUUGUUUGCACAGUUAUGUACUUGCAUAUUCUGUAGUUGGUUCGUGUGCCAUAUACUGUUAAUUCAGUCGUAAGGUGAGAUGACAUAAAUAUCACUACUGUGAAGAACGUGUCUCUGAAAUGUAAAGCUGUUAACCUGAUUACAAGUUGAAUUUUCACAUUAAGGAUUAAACACGGGUUUAGUGUUUUGGAAGAGAACAAUCUUUUUCCGAGAAAAAUUUGACGAUAUCGCACCAUGAAGAAUCUGUUAUCCUCUUGUUCACACCCUGUGAGGAGAGGUCAGAAGGUCAGCAUUAAAGGAGGCGGUGCCAAGUCCAUUUCUAUCCACUCAUAUCAGCAAGCUGUUGGCACACGUACAUGCGUAUACACACACAUACACACAAUCACUUGCUGUCUCUUCGCCCAUGGGAAAUCCAGGAAGCCAUGCCAAUUCUAGCAGAUGUUCCUGAAGCGCAGGCAUCUUGUAAACACCAUGAAAUGUAGUAGAGGCUAAUGUAGUGGUUGCUGACAGAGGUCUUCAACACAAGAUUUGACUUUACCACCUGCUGCUCACACAUACUGUACUUCCACACAGCAACUGAGGUCUCGCAGGAUCUGCAUGUCACCGACCCAAAAGUUAUGAAACCUCAUUCUUAAGACAUACUACAGAAAAAGUGCAGACUAAUACAACUGUAAUGGGGUAAGGCUCCAAAUUUACCCCCUAAAAAACUGCUGAAAUCGUCCAAAAGUAUGGGCAUUUCAACUUCAGACUAUGAGUGUUAAUCAUCAGUUAUCAAACCUUACAGAAACAUACAGGCAACUUACUUUUUCAGACCGAUAAAAAUAUUUUUCUCAUGCAUUUACAUAUGCACUGCCAGUUUGGAGUCACAAUAGAGGGUUCUCUGAUCAUAGUCAUUUGUUUUUCUGAUGUUGCACAUUUUUUCCUUAAUAUUCAUCAGUCUAUAGAGGGAGCCACUGUAACCUGCUGACUGCACCCCGGUGAGAGAAAACCCCGGAGCUCAACCUGCCCGGUACGCCGCCCCCCAGUAUGUCAUACUGCACUAACCGCAUGUUCAUCACAAGUGCUGCUUUCACUCCGCCAAACAUCUAACAUCCACUGCACCGUUUGCACCUCCAAAGCCAGCCUGCUUCGCGCAGAUUCGCAUCUGCAACAACACCGAACUCGGGGACGUUUUCCUUCAGCACGCCAGCAGUGUUGGAUAUCCGCAGGUAAUUGCAGUGCUCCUCCGACGUUGGGUCGACAUGCUGGGGAUCUGCGUGUGUCUUUGUGCGGUGUUCACACAUGUUCUCUCUCAGGAGGCUGAGGAGCCUAUCUCAUACACAUGUACAGAGGGGUAUGAGUAUGACAGUGUCAGAGAGCAGUGCAGAGACAUCGACGAAUGUUCUUUGUUGAAUGACGCCUGCAAAGGAGGGAUGCAGUGUAUCAACCACUUUGGUGGAUACCUCUGCCUCCCCAAGAACGCCGUCAUCUACAUUAGUAAGGAAGGCGAGCAGGUGCCACUGCCUGACCCAGUCCCUCCUGCCCCGGCCGUCCCACCCAGCCAGCCUCAGCCCCCUCGGGUGGCAUCAGGUGGGCAGAGGGUCCCUCCUCAGGUGGUCCGGACCAUUCGCUGUACACCGGGAUACACUGCAGAUGACCAGAACCUGUGCAGAGACAUAGAUGAAUGCGCGACAGGCCGACACUCUUGCGGGCCUGAGCAGACGUGUUUCAACACCAGAGGCUCCUACACGUGCCAGUGUCCUCCAGGAUACCAGAGGAAUGGAGACAACUGUGUCGACAGAGACGAGUGCUCUCUGACCCACUACUGCAUGCACAGAUGUGUGAACACCCCGGGCUCCUACUACUGCGAGUGCAACGCAGGUCACAAGUUGGCCAGCAACAACCACAGCUGUGUUGAUGUGAAUGAAUGUGACGUGCAGAGUCCCUGCCAGCAUCACUGCUACAACCUGAUUGGCUCCGUCCUCUGCCAGUGUGACCACGGCUACGAGCUGGCACAAGACAUGGUCUCCUGCCAAGAUAUUGACGAAUGCAGCUUGUCCAGCUACAUGUGUCAGUACCAGUGUGUUAACAGCCCAGGAAGUUACUCCUGUGAGUGUCCACAAGGAUAUCAGCUGCAGGGGAACAGGUUGUGUCAAGACAUAAAUGAGUGUGAGACAGGGACCCAUAACUGCCAAGAUGAUGAAAUGUGCUGGAACUAUUAUGGAGGCUUCCGCUGCUAUCCCAGAAACCCCUGCGAGGCGCCUUACACUCAGACCUCUGAAAAUCGCUGUAUCUGUCGAUCUCAGGCAGACUGCCAGGGUCUCCCGCCGUCAAUUGUCUACAAAUACAUGAGUAUUCAGGCGGACCGGACCGUACCAGCCGACAUCUUCCAGAUUCAGGCCACCAACAUAUACGCCAACACACACAACACUUUCAGGAUUAAAUCUGGGAACGAGGCAGGAGAAUUUUUCCUUCGGCGUUCGAGCAAUGUGAGCGCCAUGCUGGUGCUCACCAAGCCUCUGACAGGCCCCAGAGAGUACGUUGUGGACCUGGAGAUGAUCACUCACCAUAUGGCCAUGAACUACCGCUCCAGCUCACUGCUGCGACUCACCAUCAUAGUGGGGCCCUACGCCUUCUGAGCAGCGCGUUUCCCAACAGCCUACAUAACUCUGGUUCAGCAAACAUAGCAGUGUAACACAGCAGAUGCCUGUAUCAGCAUAACAUACUUUACACUUUCAUACAGCACGUGCGUAUAACAUAGGCUGCUUCAGACUCAACGAGCAGCACAGCAGUUCCAAUGUGCUUGCUCAAGUCAGACCACCUCUUGCUAUAAUGUGACCACUGGGCAUCUUUUUCUGUCGAGGCGCUAAUUUAUGGCCUCAGUGUCUCCAGGAAGCACUGAAUUUCAAACACAGGACUUAAUAAAACAUUUUUGACUUAAAAGUUGGAUGAUUUCUGACAGAUUUUUGACAAAGAAAGAUGCUGAAUGCAGUAUUUUCACUUAAAAGUGGUUGUUUGCAAUUUCCCCUGAACAAUUGGGAGCAGAGUAGCGGCCCUCAGGAAAAGAGGCCUAGUGGACACACGUCCUAAGUGUGAUGAAUUUUUAAUGCAGCUGUAACUACAUUUAUCAGUUUGUUCAAACCACAACUGCUUACAAUAACCUCUGUGUGCAUCUGAUACUCAGUAUGAACAGCUUUUGAUACGAAAAUAAUUUACAGACCUUGUAAAUCACAGCUUCUGUUGACAAAUGUUAGCGGUUAGUGCUGCUACGCCAUGCUAUUUGUGCAAGUUUCUGUAUAGUUUGCCUCAUGAGUAAUAAUUUCCAGAGAAGUCCAGGAACAGUUCAAAAGUGUAAAGGGAGGGAAUUAGCCUGUGAGUUGAGAAAGUGCUAAACUUCCAGCUUGAUGCUCGUUGACUUUGCGUGCAAGAGUUAAGUCAUGUACAUACCUAGGUAACAAAUCUGUGCGUUUGUGUGUGUGUGUGUGUGUGUGUGUGUGUGUGUAUGUGAGAGAGAGACUGGCUUUGUUUAUGCAUGCAAGCAAAUGUAAGUGUGAACCACAGAGGGAGAGAAAGGGAAAUGGUGAGAAGGAGCUUGUUCUCUGCCUCGGCUUUGGUGGAUGUGGUUGAGCUGUUUAUGCGUUUCUGUGAUGCCAUCCUAACAGCUUUCGCUCACAGAGGCAAUAACGGAGAUUUUUUGAACUCGAGAACACGUAUGGGAAAUGACGGCCUUCAUAACACGCCUUGGCGAAUUGACCGCUCGUUGGUGCCGCAGCGAUUCUCCAGAGGAACAACUGGACUUUCUAAUGUCGGUCCCAGUCAAGAAGUCACGCUGGCACCAGGCUGGCUUGCGUGAUAAAGAUAAUUACAGUGUUUUGCCCCGUAGCCGGUUCAUGUGCGACACAGGGGAUUAUUAAAGUGUUAAUACAAUGCCACCAGACUUUUGGCAGAAUGAGAAAUCUUUCACUACCUGCUUUGCCUUUCAUGACUCCACGUGUCUGCUCUGGCUUAUUGCUGAAACACUGUAAACUGUUGACACCCAGCACUGAAAACCACAUUGGAAACCAACAUGUUGUCACCACUCUGUAAGCGUAGAAAGUUAUGCAACUUUGCCUGUAACUCUUUUAUGUGGUUUCAGCAGUGAUCAUGCCCUUGUGCCUUAGAGGUAUAAAUACACACACAAAAAUUGUAACACUAAUCUAAUCAUUUAUGCUGUCAAGACUGUUAACUUUCUUCAGUGAGAUGCCUUAAUGUUUUUUUCUCUUCUAUUUAAAAUGUAUUUUGUCAUAUGUAUCUUAUAUUGAUUGUACUCUGAAGAGCAAAAGUUAUAUUGUUGAAUAAAAUAUGAUGUAUAAAUGGG